AAUUUGAGGUUAUGUUCAGUAUGUUUGUAUGAGUAAGGUAGCCUGUCGGUAUAAAAAUAAGUAUUUUUCUCCAAAAUGUCCUUUCUCUGUCGUAAUAUAUUUAGCAAAUUAGAAAGAUGUGUAAGCAUAGCUUCACGGUUUAGUACAUUUGCGGAAAACCAAGUGCCACAAGCAGAAAAAAUAGAGCCGAUAAUUUCCACGACGAAAACCAUCGAAAACGGCAAGUUUUUUCACGUGCCCCGACAAGUGUGGCUGGAUACUUUGAAAACGAUUCCUGAUAAAAAAUUGGGCAUUGUUUUUUUGCAUCCUGAUAUUUUUGCUGCGCAGCCUCGCCUUGAUAUUAUUCACGAAAAUAUCAGAUGGCAGAGAAUGUAUAAAUUUGUGUCUUUCGCUAACACAAAAACCCGAGCAGAAAAUCGUGGAGGUGGUAAAAAACCCUGGCCACAAAAAGGCUCGGGUAGGGCUCGCCAUGCAAGUAUUCGAUCGCCCCUCUGGCGAAAAGGAGGCAGAAUCCAUGGACCUCGUUCUCCCACAACCCAUUUUUACAUGCUCCCCUUUUAUAAAAGAAUCAUGGGUCUCACAUCCACACUGUCAGUAAAAUUAGCACAAGACGAUUUAUACGUAGUACAAGAUCUCGAAAUUCCUUCAGAAGAGCCCUCCUAUGUCGAAGAAUUAAUCGAUAAAAGAGGAUGGGGUCCAUCCGUUCUCUUCAUUGACGACAUUGACUUCAUGCCUAGAAACAUUUCCAUCGCUACUGACAAAUUAAAACACGUUAAUUUAAUGCCUGUUUAUGGAUUGAAUGUCUACAGUAUGUUGAAACACGAAACUUUGGUCCUAACUGAAAGAGCUGCAAGGCUCGUAGAAGAAAAACUACUCUUCCAACUGAACAGAGCAGACACGAAGAAAGUCUGCGGCAAAUUCCGAAUUAACCAACAUUAAAAUGGACCUUAUGCAAGUCUUUUAUUUAGGUUCUCAACUUGGAAAAUACUAAUUAGAUUUUAUAGUUUAUGUUUAUAUGGAAAAAUGUUAGAAAAUAAAGAAAGAUACUCUUCAAA